GGGACAGCGCAGGGGCAGCGUCCGGCCAUGGCCGGGGCGCGCAGGCUGGAGCUGGCCGAGGCCCUGGCGCUGGGGCCUGGGUGGCGGCACAUCUGUCAUGCGCUGCUUUAUGCUCCAGACCCUGGAAUGCUCUUCGGCCGCAUCCCGCUGCGCUACGCCGUACUGAUGCAGAUGCGCUUCGAUGGGCGCCUGGGUUUCCCCGGUGGCUUCGUGGAGAAGCUGGACAGCAGCCUGGAGGACGGGCUGAACCGAGCGCUACUCCAGCAGCUGGGCGAAGGGGCGGCCGCCUUCCGCGUGGAACGUGCUGACUACCGCAGCUCACAUGCCGGGUCGAAGCCGGAUGUCGUGGCCCACUUUUAUGCCAAGUGUCUGACCCUCGAGGAACUGUUGGCCGUGGAGACUGGCGCAACAAGAGCCAAGGGCCAUGGACUGGAGGUGCUGGGCCUGGUUCGGGUACCACUGUAUACCCUGCGGGAUGGUGUGGGAGGCCUGCCCAUCUUUCUGGAGAAUUCCUUUAUUGGUGCUGCCCGGGAGCAGCUACUGGGAGCCCUCGAGGAUUUGGGACUGUUGGAACCUGGUGAAGUCUCAGGCCUCAAGAUCCCAGCUCGUCAACAGGGGCAACCCUUUGUGAACCCACCGAACCUGAGAUAAGGACCUUGGUACUGAGGGAGAGAGCGAAAGGAGAAUGUUUUCUCUUCUGGACUAAGAGAUGAUAGAUGAUAUCAGAUUAAAGUAAGGAUAAGUGUGCAUGAUAUGUUUUGAGCAGAGGACCUCCCCAACUCAGGGCAUCAGGGGCAAAAAUCCACAGGUCCAGGGGCUCUUGCAGAUUUUCAUAGCCUGUCUCCUUUCUGUAUGUUUUCACACACAGCCUGACACCUUUCCCCCAUCAUGUCCAGUUUGUCCAGGAAGUAGCAUUUGUCACCAUACCCUGCUCCUUGAUGGCAAGGAUCUUCCAAAGCAAUAGCAGAUCUCUUCCCACAUUCCUCCAUGGCUGCUCUCCAGCGUCUACCCCAGUGCAUGUUGGUG